UGGGUGGCUCGUAGAAUGGGUAUAGUUGCUUCUGCUGAAUUUUGUAUUACAGUAAGAGAAGUUGUAAUGGAGAGAGAGAAAGGUUUAUUUUUGUUUAUUGUUUUAAAUGGGUUUCUAGUGAUGUCUGUCUUGGCAUCCCCUGCAGUCUUUUGGGAAGACUUUCGCAUAACAUGGGCAGAUGACCACAUCAAGCAAACCAGUGCGUUAGAUGGCAAUGCCAUUCAGCUUCGUUUGGAUCAAAUCUCAGGCUCAGGAUUUGCUUCAAAGAAGAAGUAUCUUUUUGGUCGAAUUAGCAUGAAGAUCAAACUUGUUCCUGGUGAUUCUGCUGGAACAGUGACUGCUUUCUAUAUGAAUUCGGACACAGAGACCAUGAGGGAUGAGGUGGACUUUGAGUUCUUGGGGAACAGGUCAGGACAGCCAUAUACUGUCCAAACAAAUGUUUUUGCCCAUGGCAAGGGUGACAGAGAACAGAGAGUAAACCUCUGGUUUGAUCCUUCUGCAGAAUUUCACACCUACUCUAUUCUAUGGAACCAUUAUCAUAUAGUAUUCUCAGUAGAUAAUAUACCAAUCAGAGUAUAUAAAAACAAUGAAGCAAAAGGGAUCCUUUAUCCAAAGUCUCAGCCCAUGGGAAUAUAUUCCACUCUAUGGAAUGCAGAUAACUGGGCUACAAGAGGAGGGCUAGAGAAGAUAGACUGGAGUAAAGCACCAUUCAAUGCUUAUUACAAAGAAUUUGAUAUAGAAGCAUGUUCAAUCCCUGGAGGAGCUAGCUGUCCCUCUAACACCAACAAUUGGUGGGAAGGUUUGAACUACAGAAGUCUCAGUCCAGUACAGGCCAGGAAUUACAGGUGGGUGAGACUGAAUCACAUGGUAUAUGACUACUGUACAGACAAAUCCAGGUACCCAGUUCCCCCACCAGAGUGCUUGGCUGGCAUAUGAACUGUUUUGGCUCACCAUGUCUUGAAAGAACAAAAUCAGGAGGAUUCUGGGUUUUAUCACUUGUAUGGAGGAUAUGUAUGAUAAAAAUAAAUAAUGUGUCUGUAGUUGCACAUAUUAUGUAAUAAGGAGGAAAUCCCAAGUUUGCUAUUAAAAAUUGGCCAGGGGUAUGGGAUUGUAGAUGACAAAGAUUGUUUUUUCUUCAAUAUAGGCUAACAGGUGCAAUCAUUAUGUAAAAUAUAAAAAGUAACCUGUUAAUAUCUUCUGUCUCAACAGUAGCAAGAGAUUCGAAGUUGUAUGUAAAAAUAUUUAAAAAUGGAUCAAAAUCAAUGAGGGGAUUUCCUCCCUUAAUAUCA